GUGUCCAAGAAGAGGAAGUUCGUGGCCGACGGCGUCUUCAACGCCGAGCUCAAUGAGUUCCUGGCACGAACCCUUGGCGAGGACGGCUACGCCGGCGUCGAGGUCCGGGUGACGCCCAUCCGCACGGAGAUCAUCAUCCGCGCCACGAGGACUCGCGAGGUCCUUGGAGAGAAGGGCCGCCGCAUCCGCGAACUCACCGCCCUCGUGCAGAAGCGAUUUGGCUUCCCAGAGAACAGCGUGGAGCUGUUCGCGGAGCGCGUUGAGAAUCGCGCAAGCUGUGCCAUGGCCCAGUGUGAAUCUCUGCGCUUCAAGCUCAUCGGUGGCUUGGCAGUCCGCCGAGCCUGCUAUGGCGUUUUGAGGUUCAUCAUGGAGAAUGGCGCCAAGGGCGUAGAGGUCAUCAUCAGCGGAAAGCUCCGUGCCCAGCGAGCGAAGGCAAUGAAGUUCAGGCAAGGCUACCUUAUCUCCACUGGUGAGCCGAAGAGGCACUACAUCUCGGAGGCUGUUCGUCACGUGCAGAUGCGCCAGGGCACCAUCGGGAUCAAGGUGAAGAUCAUGAUGUCCCAUGAUCCGGAGGGCAAGAUGGGGCCGAAGAUGCAGCUGCCAGACAACGUCAUCGUGCACGAGCCCAAGGAGGAGGCGCCCCCGAUGAUGCCACCUGCAGAGGAUCAGGGUUAUGGCAACGAGGGCUACGGCAACCAAGGCUACGACAACCAAGGCGCAGCAGCCGGGUUGGUAGUUCUGUGUCAGGCCACCUAG